CUAUUCCUUGGCGCCUAAACCGCCGAAGCGCCCAACCAUCCACUCUGCCUCGAUGCUCGCCGCUACCGCCCUCGCGUCCCCAGCCGCCCUGAACACACCGCGCGGUGGCACCCGGCCCGCCAUCGAGUCGCGCCGGGCCGCCAUCGCCCGCGCAUGGAGCACUCCUGGCCCGACCAGCUAUCGCCUUCCACAGCGGCUGAGCGCUCCCUUUGCCACAGAGGUGCCCGAGACCUUCAUGGGCAUCAGCAGUGAAGACUGGCACGUCACGGAGGGCCCUUCUGAUGACGUUUGCACGCAGUGCUUUCUGGCGCCUGAGUGGAUGGGUUUGGCGCCGGACGCCUGGGUUUGUACCGACUCUGCCACCUUCAAGGCGCCGCUCACCUCAGAAGACUCGUACUGAAGCGUCAGUGCGAGCCUAAGUGCAGCAGUAAUCGCACUCGACUGGGUCGCGUGCUGCGUAGGAUGAUGCCUCCGACCACGCACGCUCUCAAGAGAACAGGCGAGACCCACGCACCGUGAGGGGCGCCCCCGAUACUUUUCCUUGCGCGAGCUACGACGUGGGGUGCAUGCCAAUGUCUAGAGAGUUGCAUGUUUCUGUCAAAUAAGAAUCAGUAUCUUUCACA